GUGCAGCAGCAGUAACCCUCCUUCGUCGUAACCAUGCCGGCCGAUCUCUUGCACCCCACCUCCUCCCACGAGAAGAGGGUCCACAAGCUCAAGAGGCUGGUACAGAGCCCCAACAGCUUCUUCAUGGACGUUAAGUGCCCCGGGUGCUUCAACAUCACAACGGUGUUCAGCCACGCACAGACCGUGGUCGUAUGCGGAUCGUGUUCGACCAUUCUCUGCCAGCCCACCGGCGGAAAAGCGCGACUCACCGAGGGAUGUUCCUUCCGUAAGAAGGUCGACUAAGCUCGGCGGGCCACCGGCAACCGCAAAUAAUUUCUCGGGAAAACAUUCAUGAGCGCCCACAUCGUUUUGGAAGGGCUGGAGGGGCAACGGUGGUGACUCCGGAGGGCACCGCGACACUUUGCUGCGAUUUUGGUUGUGAUUGGGUUGUCUAGUCUACCCAGCAGUUUUCCGGAUGAUUGCUCCUUUGUUGGUAGGUCGAAUGUGCUCUGUCAGGAGUCGGUUCAGAGGCUGGUUUGAUACCACUCGGCCUUUGCCGCCCUGCAUUGCUCUGCGUCGGAGCUGACCGCCUUCUUAGCUUUCUUGAAGCAAAGAUGGACAGCCAGAUGUUCCUGCCGAUGGCUGCUGUGCGACAAGGCUUCGAUCCGCUUUGAGCCGUUUGCUGGCGUUUUUGUUUGUUUUUCGGGGAUGAUUUGUUGUCCCAGGCGACUUGAAGAUACGAUAACGAGGGCUCCCCUCUGCUGCUGAAAAUCCAUGUGCGUCUCCCGCGCUCUGGCUCUCCCUGUCCUGUGAUGUUGCAUUUACCGGGCUACAGUCCUUCAUGAUCCCGCUCAGCGGUGUAUCACGGCGUCUGUCUGCGCACCUACCCAUCGAUGCCCGUCGAGGAUGUGCGAGAGUGGGUGGUAGCUGCAGCGGCUUGCAAAGUGUGGUGCGAGAAGCGCCUUCACAUGUUUGGGUGUUGGCGUCCCGAAACGAUAUACUUUGAAGUGUAUCCCGAUCCGCGAUUGCCUGAGGCAACAGACGCGCGCUUUCUCCCUUGUGUACAACACGGACUUUGAUUGCCUGAGGAUUCGCGUGCCAAGGCUGUCGUGUGUUCGCCAUUCCGAAGCCUACACUCCAACGUUGUCUUCUUACGGAGCUUGUCAACCAAGAAUA